CUCGUCAGAGAUCAUUACUGAGCCGUCCGUCAUAUUAUAUAUACCGUAUAUAUAAUCCAACUAUCAAUUUCUAGGAUUAAGACUUCAGAGCGAGUCCGACAUCACACUCCUAUUGGGCAACUCACUAAUAUCAACUGUCGGGGACCAAGGGAGACACUUCAGAUCGUUAGCACAGUCCACGAUAAGACACAGCUAGAAGCAACGAGGGUUGGAUUUACUCGUCACAACCAUGUUAACCACAGAGAACAAUUUACAAGGUCUUCCUUCUCCAGAUCUACCAAAACCCGAAGCCUGUCAAAGUCCAAACACGCCAAAGAAUAUGUCGGACGGGGAAAAGGAAGAGAAAAACAUUUCUCGACCUAAACUCUCGUUCUCUAUAGACGAGAUAAUGCGCAAACCCGAUGUCAAACGUAGCGAUACAAGUGAGCGCGAGAACAAUCAUAUAUCCUCUCAGAAAAGGCAGAAACUGUCGCCAAAUGAUGUAUCCCCUUCAAGUCAUGGGUUCCAGCCAUACGUCUCUGGGUUGCAGAAGUCACCGAUUGUUCCCCUGAACACCGACCCAUACCCGGGUAUGCCUUCAGCUCUGAGCCACCCAGCCUACCACGGCCUAGGCCAACUAGCCAGCUUUCCUACAAUGGUUCUGGCUCAGAGGAUCAACGAAUACCAGGCCCUAAAGUACCAUAUGGACAUGCAACAACGUGACGCACAUUUAAUGGCAACUUCAACCAAAAUGGCACAUUUAACACAAAUUGCUCGAGCUCCUUUAAUAUCCCCCGUCUCUCUCGGUAAUUUGACGUCCCCUCGAACGGCAAGACCGAAUGCAAAUCAACAUAGCCCUGUAGACGAUAGACGAAGGGACGUAUUGGAGUCAAGCCGUGGCGAGGACGAGACUCUGGACUUAUCCAUGAAAAAGCUAGAUUCGCAGAGCGCUGUUAGCUCCACUAACAUGAUUUCACCCUGUAGCUCUUCUGGGGAUAAAACCCCAGAAGGUGAGAGUCCAGUUAAUAAACAACAGAAAACAUUUCCAUGUCACGAAUGUGGUAAGGUUUUCAACGCCCACUAUAACCUGACGCGUCAUAUGCCCGUCCAUACCGGGGCUCGGCCCUUUGUCUGCAAGGUCUGUGGGAAAGGAUUCCGCCAAGCCAGUACAUUGUGCCGCCAUAAAAUCAUCCACACUAACGACAAGCCCCACAAAUGCAGUCAAUGUGGAAAGGCAUUCAAUAGGAGUUCCACACUGAACACUCACAUGCGCAUUCACCAAAACUAUAAACCAUAUAUCUGUGAGUUCUGUGGCAAGGGAUUCCACCAGAAAGGAAACUACAAGAACCAUAAACUUACGCAUAGCAGCGAAAAACAGUAUAAAUGUAAAAUAUGCGACAAGGCGUUUCACCAGGUCUAUAACCUUACCUUCCACAUGCACACACACAACGAAACAAAGCCAUUCACAUGCGAGCUAUGCGGCAAGGGAUUCUGCAGGAACUUUGAUUUGAAAAAACACAUGCGCAAGUUACACGAGGGAGCAUCUCCGAGUCGUGAUCACGAUCACGGACACACGGGUUCGAACCUGGACGUUCAUAGUCAAAUAAUGAGCAACCAAGCCGCUCUAAACCUAUCGCCAACAUCGUUAUUUCCAACCAAUGCAAGAACUGUUCUUCAAACUCCAGAUUUCCCGUCAAAGAACUCUUUAGAAGCCCAUUCUAAACUUUAUCAGUCAUUUUUGCAAUUCAAUCCAGUGAGUAGAAACUUUCUACAUAAGGUCCCAUCAUUUGUCUGAAUUAGGAUCAUCCUCAUCGGAGAUCGCUUAAAUUAUUAAUGAUAUUGUAUAAUUAUUCAAGUGGCGACAUAAAUGUUGUGCACUUGUUCAACCAUUCAUGAUGUAUGAUGUUGCCAUUGUAGUCGUUUCUAAAUGCUGUGCCGCUUCUUGCCAUGUACCGUUAUGGACAUUUAUCAAAUUAUAUUUAUUGUUAAAGGAGCAUUUGAUAUCUGUUACAGAUAUGUGAAUGCUUCAGAUGUGCAAACAUAACUUGUAAAUAAUUCACGUGGAUGAUGUCAUGUUGUUAGGAUGUCAUUUUGGUGUCACUGAAGCGUCGUGGUGUCAUGAUGUUGCAAAUAGGAAUGAAUAUAGCUAUAUUAUUUAAUGUAAUUUGUAAAUACCAGAUUUCACGAUAAUUUAAACGAGGUUGGCCUCAAUUUUUGCAUAAGUUAGAAUCCAUAAUUCAUAUAACAAGACAAAUGACAGAAUGGUGUCAUCGCUAUCGACGACACUUAAUAAGGUUAUACAUACAGGUUAAGAUAUAUUUAUAUUUAUUUGUUGUGGAGGAAGAAAAUAUAAUUGUUGUAAUGAAUGAAAAUUCAGAAUAAAUAGAAGAACAUUUCUUAAUU